AUGGGUGUUUCAAGAUCUCAAUUCACAUCUGAUGGGUUCUGCGACUGGAAGCAUGCUAAUAGGCUUGUUGUCCAUGAGCUUUCAAAGGACCACAUUCAUGCAGUUAUGUCAGCAGCAAGUCGUUCAAAGGGAGUUGGACGUAUAGAUUCUAAACUAACUACGCAUGUGGGUCAAAUUGAGGAGUAUUGGUGUAGUCGUCUAAGGCGAUUGAUCAGCGUGCUUAAAUUUAUAUGUGAAAGAGGGCUAGCUCUACGUGGAGAUGAUGAAAUAAUUGGAUCUCCUCAUAAUGGAAAUUACUUGGGAUUACUAGAGCUUUUGGCCGAGUAUGAUGAUUUCCUCAGGCAACACAUCCAGAAUAAUGCUAAUCGUGGCACUGGUCAUACAAACUAUUUGUCUUCAACCAUCUGUGAAGAAAUUGUCAGACUAAUGGGCAAUGAAGUACUGAACGAAAUUAUCUCACGUAUAAAGCUCUCAAAAUAUUACUCAAUUUCUCUAGAUUCCACCCCUGAUGAAGGCCAUAUUGAUGAACUAACUCUGAUAAUCAGAUACAUGGAGCAUGACACACCUGUUGAGAGACUUGUGAAAUUCUUGCCAAAUCAAGGACACAAGGCUCAAGAAAUGUUUGAAGCUUCUACACAUCGUUAUGCAAUUCUUAGUGAUUUAUUGAAAACUGUAGCGUCUGGCCCGGUAUCUGUGCCAAAGAGGAUUUCCACAACAAGAUGGUCCUGUCGAGCAGUUGCAGUGAAAGCAGUUGUCCAAGGUUAUCUCCCAAUCCGUGAAGCACUUGCUAAAAUAGCUAGAGAUGAAAAUGAGACGAGCAAAACAUGUUAUGAAGACAAUGGUCUCCAUGAUAAGAUGUGCAAGUUAGAGACUGCUAUAUAUGCUGUGUUUUGGCAUGACAUUCUUCGCAGAGUUGAUGCAACAAGCCAUGCAAUGCAAGAUCCUAAACUCGAUUUGAACACAGCAGUAGCAAUGCUGAAGUCCUUGGAAUGUUUUGUACGAGAAAAAAGAGAUUGCUUCCAUGUUUAUUAG